UAGUUCAUCACAUUUCACACUGCUCCACAUUCUUGGAAAUGUGUCAAUGCGACCUGCGGCUGUCAUUUAUAGAUAAACGUAAACAAAUCGAAGUACCGCAGUGUAUCGAUAGUAUCAUAAAAAGAAAUAAUUAUCAACUGUUACUAAGUGAAAUCAAAUUAUAACGUGUAAUAAUCUGGAAAAAGAACAACAUUUAUACCUCUUUUCCUGGAUAUUCUUUGAAAAAUUUUUACAUAUAGAAUAUUUGUCAUUUUAACAAGUAUUAAAUAUAGUGCAAUAUCUUGGUUUAUCACACGUAAUUAGCGAUUUAAUUAGAAACAAUAACAUCAUUGAGAAAAAACGACCUUUGGUUAUAUAUCGUUAGUUACACAAUGGCAAGCGUUCCUGGUUUCACAUUGGAAACUGCGAAAGCUAUAUUGACAGAAGUUUUGACAGCACUGAGUACACCUGAGAACUUGCAAAAGCUCGCAGAGGCAAAGGAAAGUUCCGGCAAUGAGAUGUUAAAAAUGAUGCAAUUUGUAUUCCCACUAGUUACACAGAUCCAAAUGGAUGUUAUAAAAAAUUAUGGAUUUCCAGAAGGAAGAGAAGGUACUGUACAAUUUGCACAGCUCAUUAGGGCUUUAGAGAGAGAAGAUGCCGAAAUAGCACAGCUACAUAGUCAGGUCCGUUCAUAUUUUCUUCCACCAGUUACGAUAAACUCUUCGACUGAAGCAUCUCUUUAAAGUUUAUCAUUUUUAUCUGAAGAUUGUAUUAAGUAAGAUAAAAAUGUAUGCAAGCGAAAAAAGUUAUCAUGCAUCUGUAUGUAAAAAAUAAUGCAUUUUAUAUAGCAUUUUUUCGUUAUACUUUUUUAAUGUUUUGAUAAACAAAGUACGAGAAUUCUGAUUGUUACUUGUUUAAAACUAUAUAUGUCUAAAAUCUACAUAUUCUAAUAGGAAUAUUUAUGAUAAAUAUCUGUUUUUAUUGAAAUAUUAAUAAAAAUAUUGCAACGUU